UUUCCGCGCGGAUAGCACUCUCGCGAACAUGGUGAACGUUCCUAAAACCCGCCGGACUUUCUGUAAGAAGUGUGGCAAGCACCAGCCCCACAAAGUGACACAGUACAAGAAGGGCAAGGAUUCUCUGUAUGCACAGGGGAAGCGGCGUUAUGACAGGAAGCAGAGUGGUUAUGGUGGGCAGACUAAGCCAAUUUUCCGCAAAAAGGCUAAAACUACAAAGAAGAUUGUCCUGAGGCUUGAAUGUGUUGAGCCUAACUGCAGAUCCAAGAGGAUGCUGGCCAUUAAGAGAUGCAAGCAUUUUGAACUGGGAGGAGAUAAGAAGAGAAAGGGCCAAGUGAUCCAGUUCUAAGCUUCAUAUUUUUAUCAUGAAGACAAUAAAAUUUUGAUAUGU